AUGGUUUGUUGUUUAGGAUAUGGUUUUUGGUCAUUUGCUUGAUUUUUAAUUUGGGUAAUUACCCCCAAAGUGAAUUCUCUUACCUAAAUCGAUAUUGAAAUGUCGUUCAAUAUCUUUUUGACACUGAAUUCUCCCAUAUUUCAAGUUUACAUAUAUGGUGUAAGGAUGUAAAAAGUGCUGUUAUUAAACCCCUCUUAAUUUUUGCUUUUUAUUCAAUUUGAUUUCGUAUUAAAAAUUCGUUAUUGUAAGAAUGAACUUUCUUGCAUCUUAUAUAGUUUUCUUUGAUGGGUUUGCAGUCCACUCCUAACUUUCUUGCACUGCUUUAGGACGGAGAUCGACAAAAUCUGGGCAUUUUGAAAGGAAUCGAGCCACGGCAAGGACGACAUUGAGCUGAGGGCGCAAAACCCUAAGAGAUCCAGUGACGAGAGCCUCAGACACUUCAUACACUCACCUCACCGGCUCACACAUUCUUCAGCCGAAACUCAGAAGAAAUUGGGAUGGUUUUUGAACGAGUUUAGGUCACUAUCUAUGUGGGCGAAGGGUUCUCUUCUCUCAGUUUUGAGACAAUUUGCUUGCUUGAAGAGUGACAAGCAAGCAAUUUCUGUGGGAUUUGUGGGAUAUUUCAAUGUUGGGAAGUCAUCAGUUAUCAACACAUUGCGAACAAAAACUGUUUGCAAGGUUGCUCCUAUCCCUGGGGAAACUAAAGUAUGGCAAUCUAUCACACUUACAAAGAGGAUUUUCUUAAUUGAUUGUCCUGGGGUUGUUUAUCAAAACAACCAUGACACCGAAACAGAUAUUGUGUUGAAGGGAGUGGUUCGUGUCACAAACUUGGAAGAUGCUUCAGAACACAUAGGAGAAGUUUUGACUCGUGUUAAGAAAGAGCGCCUAGAAAGAGCUUACAAGAUAAAAGACUGGUACUAUCUUUGUUAAGGUGUUUACUGUAUCCAUGUUGAAUCUGAAUUGUAAU